CGUUCUAUGACGUCAUCGUAAAUAAAUCGAGUAGUCCUCGUAGGAGGAAGACGUGUCUUGGAGUUUAUCCAAUUUUCGUCUAUUUUGUGUUAUCAGAACUUAUCAAUUCUAAAGAGAUCCGAAAAGAUGCUAUUAGCCGCCUCUAAGGCAAUAUUUUGUACUGAAAAUUUUGGGCCGAAGACGGAGGUGAAAUCAGAAAUGCCGACCAAACAAAGCGCCCAGUCGAGCCCCCUGGUCCAGUAUUGUAUUAACCUUGGUCCAGGGCCUCUGUGGUGCUCCGAUGUUCCCCACGCCGCCAAUGUGUCAUUUAUGACAGAGGGCAGCGGCGUGGGGGUUUCAAAAGAGCCCCCUGUCACCACCAAGCAUCUUGUGGAAGAUGCAAAGGCGUUGGUGAAAACACAGGUUGCCUCGAAUUUGUGUUUCCGGAUCACUCUGAGUGACUGCAUGGUGGUCACCUGGGACACUGUUUACGUGGAUGGUAAACUGUUUGUUGAAAUUCCACCAGGCAUUCUCCCAGAAGGCUCCAAGGAAAGCUUUGUUACUCUACUGGAGUACGCUGAAGAAGAGCUUGAAUGCAGUCAUGUUAUUGUCUUUUAUAAGAAAGACCGAUGUGAUCGAGCCUCCCUGAUACGGACAUUCAUGUAUUUGGGAUUUCAACCUGUGGCCCCAGGGCACCCCCUGGUCCCGGCCACCCCAGACAUGAUGUUCAUGGCUUAUUCCAUCGAGUAGACAAGAGGACGAAGGCCUGGCAUUUCCACAGUGGGGCGCUUGGUGGUUCAAUGUACGAAGACUGGCUGUAAUUGUACCAUCUUUGACAGUCAAGUUCCAUCUUUGAUUCAGCAUCUGCCAGUCUGAUGUUUAAUUUGCUGCCUCCUGUUAUAAACGUGACACGUUACCAUUAUAUAUUGGUGUAGAUAUGAAGACGAUAAAAGAUUAUUUGUUUACAAAGUUCAUGUAAAAUAAAACUCUAAGAAAAUGCCAGCUUUGGGUUGGUAAAAGGAAUGUAACAAGUUUCAUUUUUUUGUCAUUUAACAUUAUUAAUACAAUUUUCAUCACUGAAGAUUUAAGUUUUCCCCAUGUAAAAAAAUUAUUCCAUUUUGCAAUUAUUCACAACUGUCCAAUCCCUUUUAAAUGUUCAAGAAUUAUGCCAAUUGUUUUAGCAUUAUCAUAGAUUUAAUUUGGGGAGUUCUCUGUCUUUGUUGUUUUCAGUUUAAAAUAUUUAAAUGUCCUCUUAAUUUGCACUUAGUAACAGUCAGCAAUAAAAUAAAAAAAAAAA